GCGCGCUCUUCAGUGUUCUGGCUGAGCUUCGAGCGAGCGCGUGCGGCCGGUUGCCGUCACUCGUAUGCUUCGGUUGACUUUAAAAAACAAUCGAGUAGCGGCUAUUCGACUGGCUACCGUGGACUGUACCCGUGUCGGUGUGGAACGUUUGUUGCAUAUGCUAGCGUACAGUUGGGGGACAGUGGAACUCUACCAUGUUGAUAUCUGCGGGCAGCGGCCCCACGCCUGAGUUCUCGCCCGCCUCGUGCUGCGCCCCCUGGAAGAUGGAGCCGGCGCCUCCGGCGACCGCCGCCAUCUCACAGGCCCUCAAUAUAUCACCCAACGUACCGGUGUCGCCAUCUUCGUCAGGGGGCGGGGGCGGUGGGGGCGGUGCGGGCGGCGGGGCGGGCACCCCUCUGUACCCAGGCGCAGCGUCCCACCCGCUCUCCUCGUUGCUCUCUCAGCAGCGGCUUCUGGAGCUGUCCCGUUUCGGUCUGCGCCACUACGACAUCGCACACCACGUGCUGUCCCAGCAAGGUGCUGUAACCAAGUUGCUCGGUACUCUCAGACCUCCAGGUCUCAUUGGCGGCAGCAAGCCCAAAGUCGCCACACCUGCUGUCGUGUCGAAAAUAGAACAAUACAAACGGGAAAAUCCAACAAUCUUCGCCUGGGAAAUUCGAGAACGACUUAUUUCAGAAGGUGUGUGCACGAAUGCCACCGCACCGAGUGUAUCGUCAAUCAACAGGAUACUGAGAAACAGAGCGGCGGAGCGAGCGGCUGCGGAGUUCGCGAGGGCCGCUGGUUACGGGCUGUACGCUGCUCCUCCUCCUUAUGGAGGAUUCCCUUGGGGAGGUGGAGGGGGUGUGUGGCCGCCCGGAGGUCUCCCCCUACCGCCGGGUGUACCCCCACCGUCCGUCGGGAUGCAACACCCAGACGCGGUUCAGCAGGGAUUCUUAUCUUCUUCAGGACGUGGUCUCGUUGAUGUCGAUGGUGAUGAUUCCGGAUCUCUGGACGGCGAACAACCAAAAUUCCGCCGGAACCGAACGACGUUCAGUCCUGAUCAACUGGAAGAGCUCGAGAAGGAAUUCGAAAAGUCUCACUAUCCUUGCGUGUCAACCCGAGAACGUUUGGCAUCAAAAACUUCACUCUCGGAAGCCAGAGUUCAGGUUUGGUUUUCCAACAGACGAGCCAAGUGGAGACGCCACCAGCGCAUGAACCUCCUCAAGCGAGGUGGCGGCUCGCCCUCGCACCGCCUGCCCCACUCCCCCUCCCGCUCGCGCUCCCGUUCCUUGUCCCCUACCCGCGGGCCCUACCACACUCCCCAGAUGGGUGGCGAAAAUAGCGCGUUCAAAGCUCUGUCGCAUCAGGACACGAACGCACUGAAGGCACUGUCCCACCAAGCGCAGCUGGAAAGUAACGCACUGAAAGCGCUCACGCAAACACCCUUCGAGAGCGGUGCGUUUAAGCCUCACCCCGCACUAGAAAACAGUGCGUUCAAGGCGCUCGUCCCACACUCAGCGGCUGCGGCGCUUCUAGCAGCUCAGUCCAUACAACUAGCUCGAGGUUACGAAUCUCAUUCGGAUUCCGACGAGGAGAUAAAUGUUCAUGACGAGAGCGACGACGAAGGCGAUAGACAGAGGAACACGACGAGGUCUAGAUCGCCAAGCCCGUGCCGACAGCGACCGUUGACCUCGAGCGACCUGCCGCUACAACUCACCAAGCACGACCGUUGAUGUUUCAACUCUACAUAAUGUGUUUAUUUACUUGUUCAAAAUACUUAAAAUCAUUCCUAUCGAAUGUUCACAUCAUAAUAUAAUAUUUUUAUGUAAAUUUCGUCCAAGGGUGUUAAUACUCCCGUUUGCUUGUAAAUUUAUGUAAAUAUUAAGAGAAUUAAGUUGUUGAUUGUUGUAAUGGAGACUAAUGGUUAGCUGUUCAAGCUAUGCACAAACGAUGUCGCUUUAUUUAUAAACUCUUGCUAUUGUAUAGACGCUAUGUUGUUAUGUUAAUAAUGUAAGUAAGUUAUGAAAUAUCCUUAGUUAAUUUUAAAUGCAUAUUGCAUUCUUUUUGAAUUUAAGUUUUGGUAGUGGUAAUAACUUGGAUAAUGUUUUAAAAAGUAAUUGAUUGCAAGGUAUUACCAAAGUAUCAAAUUGGUGUAAGCACGGUUCAUUCAACUAACUAGUUCCUACGCACUUUACCGUGUAGCCGGGGAUGUAUAUUAAAAAAAAAACAACUCGUAGUGAUUAAUGCAACAUUUUGACUAUGUUAUUGUAAAUUACAAAAUGAUAACACCAAUGUAAUAAUGUAAUAGAAUAUAUUGUAUAUAGUUAACCGUUAAGCUUGGUAGAGCACUGUAUUAUUUAUUAUCUAAAUGAACAUAUAUAUUUUAUUGUAAAAUAUAGUAGAGAAUUUA